AUGGACCUUCCGAUAUAUGAUGGAAAUAUACAUCCAAAUGAAUGGUUGAAACAAAUACAAACAUACUGUUUUCUAAAAAAAAUUACAAAAGAUGAAGAAAUCCUUAAAUUUGCAAUAAUGAUGAUUGAUUCUACAAUUAAUAUUCCUGAAAAGUUAACUUCUUUGGAUGAACUUAUUAACGCUUUAAAACAAGAUCACAUUCCCGAAGCGCAAGGUGGUGAAACUUCAAAAUUUAUUAAUACAUUUCGCAGACUUUGCUUUGAUGCUGAAAUUAAUAAUCUACGAGAACAAAAGAAAUAUCUUUAUGAAUCGCUUUCAAAUAAUGAUCACUAUCUUAAGUCUGAAUUGUAUAAGAAAAUGGAAAAUGUCAAUUCAAUAAGUGAAUUAAUGGAAGAAUUUAGGAACGUUUUUAUAGAUGAAUCAAAUUUAAUUAGACAUGGAUCUAUUAUAGCUUUAAAGCACGCUGUUACAGGAAAAUAUUUAAGUUCAAUUAAAGGUUUAAAUUAUACAACUGGAAGCAAAAAUCAAUUGAUAUUUGCAAAUAAUUUGCUUGAUUCGAAUGCUUUAUGGAAAAUCACAUUUAGCGGCAAUGAACUAACUUCAUACACCAAUACUACUAAUAUAUAUUUAAAACACAAAAAUUCCGGUUACUUUCUUGGAAUUUAUUAUCGUUUUAAAUCUCCAGUAACUCAGCACUCAGAAGUAAGUUGUAACCCAGUCGACAGUUACCAUAAUACUCAAUGGAAGUUUAAUAAUAGUAAAUUAGAAAAUGAUCAAGGAUAUUUGAAAUCAAAUGAUAUUAUUAAUCUUAGUAAUAAGAAUUAUAAUGGUCAACAAGUGGUUUUACGUAGUCAUGAUUUUCAAUUUACUAUUGGAAAUAAUACUUUUCAAGAAGUUGUCUGUCAUAACGAAAGAUUAGGUGGUAAUGAUGAGUGGUGUAUUGAACUUAUUGAAUGA